GGUGAGGGGAAUGACACUUAAUUAUGACGUUAUGAACAACCAGAAUCUAAGAUAUGAAACCUUUAAAGAUACUGUUAUUAAUUUUGUUAAAAAUGGUGAUCGUGACCCUAUAUGUGUAAUCUACCCCAAUUUUUUACGCCCUUCAGUUGUAAAUAGUUCCGUUACCUCCCAACCCUUUCAUAAAAUGUAUAAACCUUUUGUCGGCAAGGGCAUCAUUCGCCCGAGCGAUUUCUCUGUUUUAAAUUUCGGCUAUGUAUCACAAUGA